AUGCCCAAGUCCCAGGCCGCUACUGGUUGGUACCAUACACUGCAGGAGGCCGCCCGACUUGGCCGAUAUCUUACACCGUCCUCUGAAUCCAGCAGGUCUACGGCAACCGACAUGCUCAACCAGGCUGCGAAGAAGCUGUCCAAGAUGCAUGUUAGACGGAAUCCGAAUCUGUCCAUACAGUCGACAGCUCACUACUCACAACUAAGCCCCCCGCCCCAGUCUGCCACCUCGAGUGCGUUCCUCUCUCCCACGGUCCCUUCGAGACGUGGUCUGCUUGCGAGAUCCCCGCCGCCGAGUCCAAGCCUUCCGAGCCUGCUACCGAAACAUGGCAAGAAGACGACCCAGCCGAGUCAUUCAAGAUUGGUAAAGCGGAUACUCAUAGGGUGCUGUGGAGUAGCAUUUCUACUGUGGAUUGUGCUGAGGCAGAUAUACGCACACUCACAAGGAGCGGCUGCUUACGAGGAUGGCAACGAGGAAGAAUGGGAGAUGGUUGGUGGCAGUCAGUUGCCCCACGAGCCAGUUGCUCUCGCCCUCCAGGAUGCGAAGGGAAAGAUGAGGUGGACCGUGUCGAUACCGUCCGACUAUGAGUUCCCGCUCCGACCGGCACAGUACCGCGACAUCUGCCACCAGUCCAUGGAAGUCUCAAAGGGUCUGAGGCAGGAGGCGCAUGCUUCGUCCGGGUUCGCGAAGAGGAUGCUGAACUAUUACCAGCAGGAUCAGUAUUACAUCGACGUCCAAGAAGCGGAACAACAAGGCUUGUUGCCACCAUCCAAGGCUGCAGGAAGGCCAAAGGGCUUUGUGGAAGACGAGGCUAUCAAGGAUGGCAUCUCUACAGCGGGACUCAAGGUCUGUGACAGGACCUUGACCUAUGCUAUGGAGACGGAGGAUGCAGGCUUUGGCAACACGCUGAUGCGCAUGUGGAUGUCGUACGGUCUGGCCAAAGCUGAGAAGCGCGCCUUCUUCAUCGAUGACACGCGUUGGCCCUAUGGCAAAUACUCGUCUUACUUCCAGCCUCCGCCCUCUGCGAACUGCCUCCCGCCUCCUCCAUCCCACAUCGUACCAUGCCCGCACACCGCCCGCCACAUCGUCGUCAGUGGGGCGACGCUCAAGUCCACAUUCGGCCACUCUUUCACAGACGAGUGGGAAGACGCAACAAAGAUGCGCGUCCAACGGCAGUCAAAGAUCUUCGGCCUGGCUAGGACUGGCUACGAAGCACUCUUCAGACUUCGCUCAGACGACGAGACCUACGUCCUGCAACGGGCACUAGAAAUGUACGGCGAAGUCAAGAGCGAAGGCGGCCUCAGCAUCGCCAUGCACGUCCGACACGGCGACAAGCACCCCAUGGAAUACCAAUACCAGAAAGACUACAUCCCACUAGCGCGCUACGUGGACACAGCGCGCGACCUCUACAUUGACAUGGUAGAGGGCGGUCUCAAGAAGAAAGCCCAGCGCAGCCUGCUCUCCUCCCCCUUUUCCUCCUCCACCGACCCUCUCGUCCCCCGCCACACAACUUCCAAGAUGAUACUAGCCUCGGACGACCCACUGGUCUACGACUCUCCCGAACUAGGUCCCAACAGCAUCCGAGCCCAAGACCGCAUCGUGCUCGCCACCAAAGCCGCUCUCGAAGCCGCACAAUCGCAGCCCAAGAAGAACACGUGGAUCGACGAGAUUACGGGCUGGGAAGGCGGAUUCUACCGCGACGUCUUCUUCUCUCUGGGCCAGCCCGUGGGCAACGCGGAGGACAUGAAGAAGGUCAACGACGAAAGCGUCGAUGUGCCUGAUGGCGCUAUGAAACUGCGCGAACUGGUUGGGCGCGCUUAUUUGCUGGAUUUGAGCGUACUGGGCAAGGCGGACACAGUGGUAUGCACGGUCAGUAGUACGAGCUGUAGGCUGUUGGCUAUCAUGAUGGGGUGGAAGAGUGCGAUUGUGGAGGAGAAGUGGCGGAAUAUUGAUGGCACGUUUGAGUGGAAGGGGAUUAUGUGGUAG